CCGACACAGAAGAACAAUAUCACAAGCAGAGAUGAAUCACGAUCAGUUCUAUUUAAAAUGGAUGAACAGUUACAACAGCUAAGCUUUGAAAAUGGACAUGAAGACUCCGACGACACAGCUUCAGAAUCAUUGAAACGAAGGCAACCUCGUCCUUUACAACGGAACAGGAGGACAAAGUCCCUGUAUGGUGUAAGUCCCAACUGCAAGUUUGGCCCAAAGGGAACUAUCUUAGAGAGCAGAGAGGGCUGUGUACUGACAAUACCUGACCCCAGAAACCAAAAGCUGACUUGGAACAAACCUCCCCUUACUGUCCUGGUAGUCAAGAAACUGUUUGAUGAUGGUGCCCUGACAGCCUUCCUCAGCCUUGUCAUAUGGCUUAUUAAGACUAAGAACAUGCUUGUAUUUUGUGAGUCCUCUGUCUUAGAAGAUUCCAUACUUCUUAUGGAUGAUAAGUUCAAGGAGAUACAGAAUAAGCUUCAGACCUUUAAUGGAGAAAAGGAUGAUCUCACUAACAAAGUGGACUUCAUUAUAUGUCUGGGUGGUGACGGUACACUACUAUAUGCCUCGUCAUUAUUUCAGUCGAGUGUACCACCAGUGAUGGCAUUUAACCUGGGAUCUUUAGGAUUCUUAACACCUUUCCACUUCAAUAACUUCAAAGAACAAGUCUCUUGUGUAUUAGAAGGGAAUGCAAGUUUACUAUUGAGAUAUCGCCUCAAGUGUAUAGUUAGCAAGAGGGAUGUUUCUUCACCGACAAAGUGUCCUGUGGCUACCCGGAUAGGAGCAAGAAUAUUGGUUUUCAAUGAAGUAGUAAUAGAUCGCGGGCAGUCAUCAUAUCUCACCAACCUUGACCUUUAUGUUGAAGGUCGUCUUGUCACCACAGCACAAGGAGAUGGCAUCAUUAUAUCCACACCUACAGGAAGCACAGCCUAUGCCAUGGCUGCUGGAGCGUCUAUGGUCCAUCCUAGUGUUCCCGCCAUUGUGAUCACCCCAAUCUGUCCACAUUCCUUAUCCUUUCGACCAAUAGUGGUGCCUGCAGGCGUGGAAAUAAAGGUGAGCGUAGCUCCAGAUUCACGGAAUCCUGCAUCUGCAUCUUUUGACGGCCGUGAUCGGCAGGAGAUUACCCAGGGGGACAGUGUUAUCAUAACUACAGCUCAGUAUCCAGUACCAUCUGUGUGUUUUAAAGAUCAAAUGGAUGACUGGUUUGAUAGUUUAGCAGAAUGUUUACACUGGAACGUUCGUAAACAACAGAAACCUCUGGCCUCCACCCCAAGUGUGACCAGCUUAGACUCUAUAGACCUCAGUAAUUAGCAUUCCAAUAACCUAUGACCAUGGGUUGACCUUUAACCCCAAGUCAGCCUUGAACUUUGACCAAUCAAUUUAUUGCUGGCAAUAACUUUGUGACAUAUCGGUGCUAAACCAUUGACAGUUUUUCUGAUCUACACAAUAAAUAUCAGCCCUUAUUGAACCACAACAGAUAAAUGAAGAACAUGUAUAAAGGAGGCAUUUAUCAUGAAUGUGAAUUUUCAUUACACAGAACACUUUACAAAGGCAUUGCAUAUAUAGGAGGAAACAACACAGGAGUGGUGCGAUUUUCACUGAUGAAAAGCUGAAGUUGAUUCUUGAGUGAAGAAAAACAGAAAAAUGUGUAUUUGUUCCAUUUUCAUACCAGAUUUGUACUAUAAACUUUUCUACUAUAAAAUGAGAACUUGUUGACUUACCCUAUAUACAAAACUGAAUUUGUAUAUCUUGUAUAGAUUGUAUACUGUAAACAGAGUAUAGCUACCUGUCAGUAGAUAAUUAUUGUAUGAUAGGUUGGUACUUUAUUUAUCCAUUAAUAGGCCAAUGUCUUAUAUUAAGCCCACGCACAUUCAUUAGCAGUUUCAGUAGACAACAAAAGCUAUGUGAAUUCCCUGUAAUAAGCCCACAUCCCUUCACUACAGAGUGUGUUGUCCCCUUGGACUUAAUUCAGGAUAAUUACACUAUGGUAGAUUUACUGUCAGGUUUAACUGGCUUACUUAGGGAGAGUUCUGACCUACAAAGAAAAACUUUUAAUAGGAAGUGAGAGUGAUGCUUGUUCCAUAUGUUAAGGAAAUAUUUGCCCAGAUUUAUUUUUCAUCCUCUUGAAAAAAAAAUUUGCUGUCUUCAUCUCCUAAAAACAUCAAACUUUUACCGACCGUUUAUUUUGGCCCUAUUGGCAGAAAAGUGGCAAGUUUUCUUGUAUAAUAUAACAGUAUAACGAGUUAGGUAAAAUUGUUAUCACAGGGUAAGAAUCGACUGAUAUUUCUAAUAUUCGGAUAUAAAUUAAAUUACCCCGGGUAUGUGGAAGUAAAUUUAUGAAAAAUUGUGAAAUUGUUUGAUGUAUAAUUUAAGUGUAUUUGAUCGUAGACUUUUGUACUGGUGAUUUUAAAAACAUAACUCUUGUGUUUACAGUUUGAUUGAUAUGUGAAUUUGGUUUAGAGGCUAGAUGGAGAUCAUUGUAGUUACUAUUUCAAGUGAUGUUUAUGAACCAACUGUAUGAUUUUUUUUCCAAUUAAAACA